AUGGGCAUCAGGGAUAUUGUUUUCUUGGUGGUGUUGGCUGCCAUUUUUCAAAGCUCCGCUCUUGCCGCAAAUCCCAGGCGUGAGCUUCUCACUCAUCACGUGGGAGCUGUCAAGCCAUCUAUUGGCAGCCUGUGGCGCGCGAGGUUGAACAGCAGGAUCGCCGGCGCCUCCAUUUCCACUGAAUCAAGAAGCUCUGCUCCUGCUAGUGGUGCUAGUGGUAGCAGCAGCAUCCGGAGCACUGCUGGAACUUCCAGCAAAGCAGCAGCAACCAGUACUUUACCAAGUGAUGCAGCUGCUAGUGGAGGAAAUAGAACGCUUGGGAACAGGUCUGCAGCAGUGGUUAAGGCGAAAAAUAUCACAGUGGGAACCAGGACCGUUGGAGCCACGAGCCGCACAGCUUCCACUUGUGAUGCAUCGUCGCUUGCCGACUACACCUCCUCCGUUCAGCUCUCCUCCGACCUAACACUCCACUGGAAGGCUGCAAGUGCAUCCAAAGUCAAUCUUGCUUUGGAGGCAGCAGCAGGCAGCACGGCAGCAGCGGGGUGGGUCUCUCUGGCAUGGUCUGCAGUCGGCCGCAUGGCCCCUGCUGAUGCUGUCAUUGGGAAUCUUCCUGGCGGCGCUGUGGCGGCUUAUUAUAUGAACGGGUAUGAGCUCAGCAACGUGCAGCCUACAAGCAGCUUCGAUAUUGGCAACGCGGUUCAAACUACAUCGGCUUCCGGCUCCACUAUUAUCGAGUUCUCCCGCGUUACAGGCGACGGCGCCGUACCAGUGAACGUUGGCAGCAGCAACACACUCAUUUGGGCCUUCUCCCAAGGCGGCUCUCAGACCCUGGGGUUCCACGGGGAGAACGAUGGGGAGACCACAGUUGACUUCUCCUGUGACGGCUCCUCCUCCUCCGCUCCCCCCUCCACCUCCCCACCCUCCUCCCCUGCACCCCCCUCCACCUCCCCUCCUUCCUCCUCCUCCUGUGCCACCUCCACCCUCGCCGGAUACACCUACUCUGCAGCCCUUGACUCCUCUCUCACACUCCACUGGACCACGGCCAGCGCCACCCAGGUCAAUCUAGCCCUGGAGGCAGCAGCGGGGUGGUUCGCCCUGGCAUGGUCUGCAGACGGCCGCAUGGCCCCUGCUGAUGCUGUGAUUGGGAACCUUCCUGGCGGCGCUGUGGCGGGUUAUUAUAUGAGCGGGUAUCAGCUGAGUGAUGUGCAGCCUACAAGCGGCUUCAGUGUUGGGAGUGGUGCGGCAUUGACUACUGCAGCUGGUGGCUCCAAAGUCAUGAAGUUCUCUCGCACGGCAAGUGACGGCUCCAUCCCAGUCAAUGUGAACGGCUCCAAUACGCUCAUCUGGGCAUACUCCCAGGGAGGCUCACAGACCCUCGGCUUUCACGGAGAGAACGAUGGUGAAAUCACCUUGGACUUCUCAUGCACUACCUCCUCCACCGGUGGUGGCUCCGGUGGUGGCAUUGGUGGCGGCAAUGGCGGCGGUGACAACAACGGAGGUGACAUUGGCGAGGGGCACCACGAGCAUGGCCAUGGGCAUGGGCAUGGGGAUGGGGAUGGGGAUGGGGAUGGGGAUGGGGAUGGAGGGCACGGGGGCCCUGGAGGGCAUGGGGGUCCUGGAGGUCCCGAGGGUCCUGGCCAUGAUGGGGAUGGAGGGGUUGGAGGGGGUAUGGUGGGGAACUCCACUGGUGGUGGGGAGGGUGGCAGUGGUUGGGCCGGUUGGUGGAACUGGUCGGGCUUGUGGUAA